CAGAAGGACUUGGAUUUUCCAUCUUUUCCUUGGAAAGAGAAGAAGAAUUCAAUGUAUAUCAUUAUGUCCGGGAGUGCGAGUUGUAAUUCGCCCAAGCGGAUGGUUGUCUCUGUCAUUAAAGCCACACCCUUUCAAUCCAAGUGUGGCACCGAGGAAUUAAAUUUGGGGGAUUUCUCAAUGGUUUUUCCCUACAAAUGGCCGGAAAACUCCAACAGUAUGAGUCUGAGUCCGACCCCCAGCAUUGGAUCGACAGGGUCCGCUUCGCCCAGGCAGAGUCCUGAUAUCGCCGCCUACAAGGAUGGGAUGAGGCGUGGCCGACCGAGAGCAGAAAUAGUCCGAGAUUUGAUCACCGAGGGCACCCUGUCCACCAGCCGGAUCCGCUGUCAUAUCUGCAAUCGAGUUUUCCCAAGAGAGAAAUCUCUGCAAGCGCACAAAAGGACACACACUGGUGAGAGACCUUAUGUGUGUGACUAUCCAAGCUGUGGCAGAGCCUUUGUGCAGAGUGGGCAGCUCAAGACACAUCAGCGUCUGCACACUGGAGAGAAACCAUUCAUCUGCUCUGAGCUGGGUUGUGUCAGCAAGUUUACACACGCCAAUCGACACUGUGCAAAACACCCAUAUGCCCGGCUGAGGAGGCAUGAUGGCACAACAGAACAGGGCAAGGUCACAACUGCUGAAGAAGAUAAGGCAGUGGUGGAAUGGUUAACAAGGUACUGGCAGAGUCGAGAGCAGCGUGCAAUCCCAGCAAGGGGAGAGGUAGGCAGCCAGAAAUCUGACCAGGAACAGAAAAACCCAGUGAACAGCCAUCGAGAAGAGGAGAAGGAAGAGAAGGAACAAUGCUAUACCGGGCAGCACCUGCAGGAACAGCGAGAGCGGUGGCACGGAGCACUGGCACUUAUCCAGCUGGCAAAUCUCUCCACAGAUCAGCUGUACUGAUCAGCCUUCCACUCGCCCCCACCAACCUGCUCAUACAUGGCAGAGUGGGGAUGGGGAAGAGGAGCAAGAAAUGGCAAGUGAGCCCACUGCAUGCUGUCUCUUGGAAGUCCAGCCUGUGGACUAAUCUCUCUGACUGUCAGGAGCUCUCACAGGUUUCUAGGUUUUAGUCUCGACUGUUGAAUAGCAAGACUGAAGAUUCUGAUUUGAUCCUUGUCAAAACUGCAUCUUCGUCUUGUUGCUCAUUUGCUGUGUUUUAACUGGGGCCCUGUUGCUUCUGAAUAAUUAAAAAUACUGUUUCAGUCACUUUUUUUUCUUAAAACCAAUUUUAAAAGGAACAGUAUGUGUAUCAGCAUUGAUCUGUUUACCUGUUGCCCUCGAUCCUUUACAUUGUGAAGCACUCACGUAUUGAAUUUCUAUGGCUUGAGGCAAGAACUUGUAUUUCAUAGAAUCUAUACAGUGUGGAAGAGGGCCAUUUGGCCCAUCAAGUCCACACUGACCUUCCAAAGAGCAUCCCGCCCAUACCCACCCCCUCUACUCUGUCCCUGUAAUUCUGCAUCUCACAUGGCUAAUUCACUUAAAAUACACAUCCCUGGACUCUGUGGGCAGUUUAAGCAUGGCCAAUGCACCCAACCUGCACAUUUUUAGACUGUGGGAGGAAACCAGAACAUCCACAGGAAAUUUGAGCAUAGAUGGGGGGAAUUGUGCGACCUCUUCAGACGGUCACCUGAGGGUGGAAUUGAACCUGGAUCCCUGGUACUGUGAGGCAACAGCGCUAGCCUCUGAUUUAUAUAACUUUACAGUCAACUGGAUGCUUUUUGAAGUGUAAUUAUUAAUAUAUUACGGGCAAAUUUCUAAGAAGCAGUAAGAUAAUGACCAGAGCAAUUGUCAGAGCCUCAGUUUUAAUGUUUUUUAAGCUCCACCUCCAGCAGUGUCAUAGUCCCAAUACUGUAAUCGAGUGUCAACCUGAGUUGUGUGAUGCAUUGUGUCCACAAACCUUCAGAGUCCAAGGUGGAGAAUGUCUGAUCCCUAUGGGGUAUUUGUAGAUGUUUUCUAUUUCAGUGGUGUUGUGAACCUGUGAAGACAAGCUGGGUAAUGGCACAGUUAGGCCAGCAGAUGGAGCAAUGAUCACUCCAAUUCCUCAUCUGAUUUUAUGUUACCUGUUAGAAUGCAUUGCCGCCUACUGAUGCACAUAGAAACUACAGCACUUAACAACACUCCCAUUAACUACAAAUCUGUCAUGUUAAUCAUAACAAUUUUUUCCUGUUUUUUUCAUUCAACUUGUUGUCACAUGGAGGUCGGUUGGCUGAGUUGGUUGGAUGGCUGAUUUGAGAUGCAGGGUGACGCCAAUAAUGCAUGUAAAUUCCUGCACCAACUGAUCCUGCCUUCUCAACCUCACUCCCCUGAAGUGUGGUGACAAUUGCAUUAAACUCUCCAUCAAUUGUCCCUCUAAUGACCGAGCAGCCCCAUUGUCCUCUGGGACUAUGGUAACUUUACCUAGUUGCAUGUUAUUACUCCACAGAUAUAAAUAUGGACUUGGGGUAAUAUAAUGUUUUAGCUUUCUCAAGCAAUUGCUAUAAAUGCAUUUCUGUCUCAUCGUCUAUGCUUUGGGUUUGGAGGAGAGUAUGAGGACUGGAAGGAGACAGCACAAGAUUGAGGUAGAGGUGAUCUCAAGGUGUUACAUUAAAACAAAUUGAAAACUUGUGCCAAUUUAAUAAUGCUGGUAGUUUUUCAAUAUUAGUCUCCACUUCACUGCUUGAGUUGAUACUUUCUCUCCCAGAAAGAUUUAAAGACAGAAUCCAAUGAAGAAUUAAAGUUAACUCCUAGAACAGGAAAAGAAACUCCUUCAAUACUUCAAAUGCCUCAAAUUUGUACCUGAUUGAUGGAUUAUUUUGUACCUUUUUAAUUGAGUGAAGAAAAUGUCUAUAUUGCUGGUUUCCCAUAAUAAUACAGGAUUGGGAAAUAGGGGGCAAUGGGGAGGGACUGGUAAUGGUGCAACAGAGGAGGAGAACAGCCAGAAUAGGUAAUGUGUGACGGGAAGUUGAAGACAAAGAGGAAAACUAGAACAAUGUUGGAUCAGGGAGAAAGGAAUGGAGCAGAAAGAGCAGGUGUGAGUCAGGAGUACAGACAGACAAGAGGGAAAAAUGGGGAUG